CCAUGAUAAAACCUCCACAUAGGCUCUCCACAAACUGCACUCAGUUACUGGAUUUAAUUAAACAAGUUAAUACUAACAUUAUUGUAGACAUAUACCUGGAAGAGUAAAAUACUUGUUUUAUUGUUCAGCUGACAGCAGAGAUUCAGUUCAAGACAACAAUGCAUUACAUCUCCUCAAUUAAUCAGGAUAAUUCUUCGUACUGGACCUAGCUUUUAUGUCCAGCCCAUUUGAGUCACGUCUCUUGCUUGCACUGCAUCCUGACCUGUUUAAGACAGUCAAGGCAAGUUAUACUGGAAUCAUGUCAGUGACUGGACAUGAUAGUUCCACACAGGUCAUCAGCAAUGGUUCAGACCAGGAUGAGAAGCAGGAAAAGUCAAGGAAAAGUGUGAAUAAGGAGGCAGAAUGGGGACACAUUGCUAUGUUUGACAAAAAAGAGGACUUUUUCCAGAUCUGUGACAGCGAGGGAAAGGGCUUCAUCACACGUACGGAUAUGACGAGGCUGCACAAAGAAUUGCCACUCACUACUGAGGAACUCGAGAACGUCUUUGACUCACUAGAUCUUGACAAAAAUGCAUACCUGACGCUAGAAGAGUUUUCCUCUGGAUUUAGUAACUUUCUUUAUGGACGGAGAGUCUCUAUGACAGAGGAACUAAUGACUGCAUCCUCUCAAAUAGUUCCAGAAGCUCUUGAUCAGAGUUCAGGAGAUGAACAGCUGUCAGAGAACGAGGAUGAUGAAGAGAGACAUUUCAGCAUGUUGAUGGAGAGCUUGGGUGCUAGCAAUGUAUUUGAAGACCCGAGUGAGGUUCGCAACCUGUGGGCACAGCUCAGGAAAGAUGAGCCUCACCUCUUGUCCAACUUUGAAGAGUUCCUGGCCCGUGUCACAUAUCAAAUCAAAGAGGCACGACAAGAGAGGAAGGAGAUGGAGAGUGCCCUCAGGAGGAAAGCAGCCACACAUGACACUGAAAUUUGCAGAUUAUAUGAGGAAAUGGAGCAACAGAUCAUUAAUGAAUAG